CCCAAACACCAGCCCAGUAGGCUUCUUGUGCUCAGGAUACGCACGCACACACACGCACACAAUCAUAUCUCAAGCUGGAGUCAAACUGAGGAAACGGAAUGCCAGGGAAGGAAGCAUUGAAGUCAGCGGGAAAGCAGAUUUCUCCUCAAGUCCACACAGUUCCUUUUCUCUGAGAGGCAGAAGAUACAGAGGUUGCUUUACAACAGCAACCAGAAGAACAUUUGAGUGUCUGCCUUUCCACGGAUACUACUGGAAUUGGAAUUCCACCGAACACAAUCAUCAGGAGGAAAUUCUUGAAAUUCUCGUCAUCCCUGACUUAGCACCUUCAGGGGUCAGCUUCGGUUUCUGUGGCAUCAAACUGCGGGAGGACAAAUCAUCCGAGUAAGUCCUCCGGUCUACAAGAAACAUGAGUCUGUCACGAAACGGGACAUUGGAGAAGACAUCGGAGCUGCCCAGCUCCGAACCCAGCUCCCCAUCAAGAGGGCCUGGGGUGGUGGUUCCCCCACCAUACUCCACAGGUGGGAGCGAUGCCCCCGACGCUCCACUGGAGUUGAGGGGCUCUCUGGACUGCUGGGCCUGCUCUGUCCUGGUCACAGCUCAGAAUCUGAUCAUCGCAACGAUCAAUGGCUUGUUGGCCGGCGUCGUGUUUGGCACCAUCCUCACCCCGGCGCUCGUCAUGAUUAUAUUCGGCUUCCUCUGCCACUCCACGGUGCAGCCCCACGGCACCUCUGUGUACUGUUCAGACGUGCUGGAUGAUGCUGGCUGUGUCGCGCUGCUGGUGGUGGGCUUUCUGCUCCUCACGCCUCUGCUGGUCCUAGCGCUGGCCGCCUUCUGUCGCCUGGCUCGCCACCUCCAACUGGGCCUGUGCUUCAUUCCUUACAGCAGGGCCGUGUACAAAAACCUGCCGGCCGCUCGCAGCAGGGAGGCCGGAGUGGCCGGCUGCUGUGGCAUGCCGGAGGUCUCCGAGAGGGAGGGUAAGGGCAGCGUAUGGGUGUAAGGAGAGGUGACCUCUGACAUUGUUUUGUUUUUUGAUCCCUACUUGAUGAUGUGGGGUAAUCCACUACAGUCCAUCAUUGGAAAUUGAUGUUUAGCUAUUAGUUUUGUAUACUAUUCCUGUAUUUUAUAAAAUAUUUUUUCCAAUAAAACCUUACUCUGAUGUUGA